AUCUGCACCACGUAACCAGUUAUCUACGGUUUACAUUUUCACCUCUGCUAGUGGAAAAGCCUACUUUUAAAUGUGCAAUUUCGUUUAAAGAAUUGACCGUCGGCUAACUCUUCAAAGAUGUCGGCCUCUUUAGACUUACCAAUAAUUGACAUGUCAAAGGCAUAUACUGAACGUGACGAAAUGGCUAAACUAGUGGUUCAUGGUCUAGAGAAUAGCGGAUUUUUAUUUAUUGAUAACGUCGAUAAACUGGACUAUGAUGGUUUAUUGAAUGCAUGCAAAUGGUUCUUUGACAAACCUUUGGAAUUUAGGAAAACAGUAAUGCGGAAUUUCUGGAACCCUGAAAACAAGAACAUAUAUCGAGGAUAUUUUCCUGUGCUAGAUGGAGAACCAAGCCGAAAAGAAGGUUUUGAAUUCGCUAGAGAUAUAAAAGAAAAUGACCCAACUGUUGCGAGCAAUAACUGGUUCUAUGAGAAGUCUCCGUGGCCGGCAGAAGACGGCACAUUUCCAUUCAAGUCAUUCCUUCAGUCCACAUAUGAGAUAUUACACAACACCGCACUAGAAAUACUUCGCCUUGCAGCACUUGGUCUAGGUAUAGAGGAAAACUCCUUUGAUGAUAUCUUUGCGGACAGACCGUGCUCCACAUUCCGCCUAAUGCAUUAUCCACCAUGGAAUGGUGCUCCGCCAAAAUCGGCAUAUACAGAAGAUGGUAAAGUUGUGAUAACUCCCGCACACACGGACACAAACUUCCUUACUUUGCUGACUCGUUUCAGUUACGGGGGUUUGGAAGUUCAGAGCCAAUCUGGAGAAUGGGUUGACGUAGACCCUAGACCGGGAAGUCUUGUCAUGAAUAUUGGAGACACGUUCUCUCGAAUGAUGGGAGGACGUUUCAAAGCCACACGACAUCGGGUUAUUGAUAUAAAAAAAGAUCGUUACGCAGUUCCAUUCUUCUUCACGCCGAGUUAUGAUGGGGAUAUAGGUAUCAACUUUAUGUCAAAAGCCACAGGCCAGGGACCAGAACAUAAAGUGGAAAGGUACGGUCCGUGGGUUUUAGACGUGAUAAAAUAUCAGAAAAAAUACUUCGAAUACAGAGUGUUACCUGACAUUGAACCUAAAGAACAAUAGAUUUAAGCUACAACAAAGGGUGUUAAAUUACUCUGAACUGUUUUCUCAUUUCUUCACACAUAAUCAUAAAUAUAUGAACGUAUUAUUAAAUGUAGUGUGAAAUUAAUAUUCCCAAAACACAUUUUCCUAGACACAUAAUUGUCAUUUUAGGCCUAACUUUGUUCCUUAUCUCUAAACAUUACUAGCAACUUACUUAUUUUUCAAGUUACGUUUUCCCUAAGCGGGUUAAUAAUAGCUCGACAAGUGAACGUUACGCCAAUGAUACCAAACGCCAUUAGGAUGUUUGUCAUGCUUAUUGCUUCGACGAUCGCCGACUUAAAUAAAUCGAACAUUAAAGACGAUGCUGCCUAAAACAAAUCCAGAUACUGCUAUUAAAAACACAUAAGUACUAUGAAUAUUUGAAAGAAGUAGGGAAAGUGUCACUGACAACAUGCUUAUGAGACUUUAGAAGAGGAUAGCUUACACGUCUUGAAAAUGAGCUCUUUGAUAAGAUUCGGCAUCCCACAUCACCGCAACUACAAAAUAAUUAUAUAGAUAUAUUACAUUCGUGGGUAUAGAUAUGUUUAGUACACCUUAUACCAAGUAUAUUGACAGGACCGGAUGUAUGUUUGUGAAGUUGCCUAACAUCAUAAUGUUUAUUAUGUUUUAAUUUGUCAUAUUUCCAGAUUGCAACAAAAUAGGUUCAAAAAUAAAGAUUUAAAGCAUUAUUUAAGUAAAUUUGAGUAUGUUUUUAGUAUGUUAAAAAAUUUUAAAGUUGACACAGAAAUAAGAUAAUUAGAGAAAAGAUGUUUAUACAUUUUUCACCAGAUACAAUAUUUUCAUAUCCUUUGAGUGCACUUUAAACCUAAUGAAUACACAUUUGUAACUUGUAAUUUUAAUUGCUCGUCCCCCGAUUCAAAAUCGAGAGUAAGCAAGAACAACAACGUACAAGUUGAAUUCAAGGCAAUGUGAGGAGCCGACCAGUCACAAACGCAUAACUCCGCCCCUCUUAACAGCUUCUUGAGCCAAAGGGUGGUGGUGUUGUACCUAUUUUCACUUAUUACUUUUGCACAGCACUGCAUUUUCUUUUGUUUUAUAGCUUCGUGGCUUUACGCGUUUUCUCGUUUUUGUAAGGAUUUUAAUAUUAUAACACAUACUUUUAAAACAUUUCUUGUUGGAAGGUAUUACAAAGCCCUGUCUUUAUACCAUUCAAUAACAGUCAGUUUUAUUUACGUUGGUGCGUUGUGUGUGCUCAAUAUUUACAAGAAUUAUAUCUUUGUUUUUACUAUUAA